AUGACGGCUUGUCAAGAGGAAGAUUUGCCCAUAGGGAAUCCCAACCUUGAAGCCCCCAAUGAACCCAGUACCGAACCCAUUCAAGACAGUCUUAUUGUGAAUAAGCAGCAAUGGGCUUUUUUUGCGGUCGCUUUCUGGGGGUGGACAUGGGAUGCAUUGGACUUUUUCACUGUUUCCCUCACUACAACUGAGCUUGCCGAGACCUUCAACAAAUCAAUUACGGAUAUUUCAUGGGGAAUGACCCUUGUUCUCAUGCUCAGAUCUGCGGGGGCCAUUACCUUCGGCAUCGCGUCAGACCGUUGGGGCCGGAAGUGGCGUUUUGUGGUGAACCUCAUACUGUUCUCUGUGUUCGAGCUGGCAACUGGCUUUGCACAAACUUUCCAACAGUUUUUGGCCUCUCGUGCUUUAUUUGGGAUUGCCAUGGGUGGUCUGUACGGCAAUGCAGUAGCCACUGCACUGGAGGAUUGCCCGACAGAAGCACGCGGAAUCAUGUCUGGUAUCCUACAGCUCGGCUAUGUCUUCGGCUACCUGCUUGCGACAGUGUUCUCCCGAGCAUUGGUCAAUACCACAUCUCACGGAUGGAGGCCACUCUUUUGGUUUUCUGCUGGCCCGCCAGUCUUGAUCAUAAUUGGCCGGGUAUUCCUUCCAGAGACGAUGGCUUUUCAGCAGCGCCAACGACUACGAAAUGAACGUAGAAAUACAGCCGCUACAACGUUCAUUCAAGAGGGAAAAGACGCUGUCAAAAACCAUGGGUUGAUAUUUAUCUAUCUAUUCCUCUUUGCGGCUGGAAUCAAUUUCAUGUCACAUGGAUCUCAAGAUCUUUAUCCGACAAUGCUUAAAGUACAGUACGGAUUCUCAUCAACCCAGGUAACUGUCACGCAAGUCAUAGCCAAGGUUGGGGCUAUCUUCGGUGGCACCUUUUGUGGAUGGAUUAGUCAAAUCAUUGGGCGUCGUCUGUCGGUGAUUAUCAUCAGUAUCAUCGGCGGCGCCCUCAUCUAUCCUUACACUUUUGUGGGAGGUAAGGCUGUGAUCGCAAGUGCCUUUUUUGAGCAAUUUAUGGUUCAAGGAGUGGCUGCUAUUGUCCCUAUUCACAUGUUGGAGCUAUCGCCAGCCUCGUCUUGCACUUUUGUCGUGGGUGUUGCCUAUCAAUUGGGCAAUCUUGCCUCGUCAGCGAGUUCGACCAUCGAUUCUACCAGGCGACAGCGACGGGGAGUGUAUCAACAUUCACCGAUGAUCACUCUGAAAAACCAUGCGCACGAAGAUCUUCAUCAUCGGUGGAUAUGA